GUGGUCGGUCGGAUCGACGGAUUUUGCUGAAAUUAAUUCGAAAUCAAUUAAUUUUGUUAAAAUUUUAUCACAAAGGUGUUUUUAUUUAAAAUUUUAAUAGCUUUCUAAUAUUUGACAAUCAAUCAGUGUAGUGUAAGAGUUACAAAUGACGUGAAAUUAUAGUUUCGAAUUCAUCUAAGUACUCAGAUGUAAACAAAGAGAUUUUUAUGCGAAAAAAUGCGAUUAGAGAUUAGUACAACUAGUGGGCGUUAAUGAGUAGCCUUUUAGUAGGGUUUGUUAAGCAUUUUCGACGAAAAAAGCGAGUCAAAAUGAGUGGAGUGAGUCGCGAUGCGCCCGUGGGGGUCCAGUGUCUUCAGAGCCUGAGUGGUUCCCUAUUCCCUCGCCUUCAGUUCAACAGGCUACUAUUGUACCAAUCAUGCGUGCUGAUGCUGACAUUCUUCACGUACAUGACGUACCACCUCACCCGCAAGCCGAUCUCCGUCGUCAAGAGUGUUCUGCACCGCAACUGCAGUGGGUUCGUGCCACCGCCAGGAGUCGACCCGGCGGAUGACAACUGGUGCGACUGGCCGCCCUUUAACACGACAGACGCGAACACACUGCUAGGCGCUCUGGACUCAGCAUUCUUGUUCUCCUAUGCGGGCGCCAUGUUUGUUUCUGAUUGGUCAUACAUCGCGCACUUGGAAUUAUUACCGUACCGGAAGCAGCGAACGGUAUUCAAGAUGGCUUCGAUGGGAUUCGGUCAGAAUUGCAUUGAGAGACUAAAGGGGGCAGAAAAUUACUCCACGUGGAAGUUCUCGAUGCGAAUGGUGCUAAUCCAUGAAGAGUUGUGGGACUGCGUAGAAGCGGUGGCCGACGAGGACAACAAGAAGAAGGAUGAUAAGGCCUUAGCGCGCAUCGCGCUGUCCGUGGCGCCGACCAUAAUCCCGCAUAUACGCACUGCCAAAA